AUGGCGGCUCCCCGCCUCAAGGUGAAGCGGAGCGCCGCCGCCGCCGGUCCCGCGCCCGGGCCGCCCCGCCGCUCUGGGGCCGUGGCUGUCCUGCUCCUCUGCCGCCCUCGGGUGACAGCGCCGUGCCCCCAGCGCUCCGACCCGCGGCUGCUGGCCCAGUUCUUCCACGCCGAUGAGCAGGUGACCCGGGUGGUGGCGGAGAUGAACUGCCUGGACGCGGAGAUGGACCCGCAGCAGUACCUGGCACUGCUCAGCCAGCUGCACCUCAGCCAGGUGCGCCUGCUCGCCGUGCUCCAGCGCAUCAUGGACGAGUGCAUCCCCACGGCGCGGCACAGCCGCGACUACCACGCCAAGUUCCCGGAGGAGCUGCUGGCCAACGACCUGGGCAACCACCUGCUCUUUGCAGCCGAGUGCCUGGUGGCUGGCACCUUCCUGGAGCUGGACGUGGCCGAGGGGCAGCACCUGCGCCCGCUGGCCAGGACCCUGCUGCGCAGCCUGGAGCUGGUACGGGUGCUGCUGCGGGAACAGAGCCUGAGCCAGGCUGGGCCCUACCCACAGUCCGUGCAGGCUGCACUGGUCCAGUUCGAUGCGCUCUUUGCCGAGUUUGAACUGAGCUACGUGUCCUCACUGGUCACGCUGAAGUCGCCGGAGGAACUGUACAAGCAGCAGGAGAUCAUCGUGCUUUUCUGCGAGACGGUGCAGAGGGCCCUGAGACUCGGGUACCUGACACAGGAGAUGAUUGAUCAGUACGAGCCACUGCUGAUGUUCACCAUUCCCCGCCUGGCCAUCAUCAGCGGGCUCCUGAUCUACCCUGAGGGGCCACUCAGCCUGGAGCGGCAGCCCAAGGAGAUGUCCAGGGUCUUCAGCCCCUUCUACGUCCUGUUGAGAAAGAUCAGGGACCUGCUGCAGGCGCUGUCGGCUGAGGAGCUGUCCCUGCUGGAGUGGAGCCUGUGCACCGCCCAACUGGAGGAGCCCCGCACUGCUGCUCUGCCCCUGCCCCUGCCCCUGCCCGCCCCACCUGGCCCUGCUCCUCCGCAGGAUGCCAGGGGCCCUGGCACUGCAUCCGGGUGCUGGGCGAGGCCAGGGGCAGGCUGCAAUGCGGGUGUCCCAGGGGGGCCAGCACUCGGGGGCACGGAGCGGGGGCUGCCUCACCUCCACAGGCCUCUGAGUGCCUGUCCUGGUAACCUGACUACCGCCUGCGACACCCCAGCACUGCUGGUCCCUGCCCCGGCCAUGCCCAGCACAGGCUGGGAUGCCCAAGAGCUGCAGCCCCAGCUCCUGCCCAUGGCCUUUGGCCAGGCACCCAGGGCAGGGCAGUGCUGGGGGCCCCAUACCCACUCCCCGGCUGAGGGGACCAACCUGGGCCAGAUCCCAGCUCUUCCUCCGGUGCCAUGCAGUGACCGAGGCCCUGGUACCUGCAGCGGGCCCCCGGGCAGCAAGUGUGUCUGCGCACCCCCUGGCACAGUGCCGCACGCCCAGCGGGCAGAGCUCCGCUCCUGCUACAGCAGCACCUGGGACAUGAUCCACACGCUCUUCAUCUGCAUCUCAGGGGUGGCUGACCAGCUGCAGACCAACUUUGCCAGCGAUCUGCGGAGCAUCCUCAGGACCGUGUUCACCAUCGUGAUGUCCCAGCCUGAGGCGCCAGGCGCUGGCUCCAUGGACAAGGAAGGUGACGCCUGCCUGGCAGAGACUGGCCCCCGCAUACCCAACUGCGCCCUGUGCUCCACCAGCCACGAGGGAACAGGCACCACCGGGCUGCCGCGGUGGGUGCCAGACAGUACUUGCAGCCAGUGCUCUGCCUGCCACACGCCCUUCACCCUGCUGCGCCGGCGGCACCACUGCCGCAACUGCGGGAAGAUCUUCUGCGCCCGCUGCUCCCUGCACAUGGCGCCGCUCCCGCACUAUGGACAGCUGAAGCCGGUGCGCGUCUGCACCCACUGCUACACCACGCACCUGCCGCCCACCACCCGACCCCGCCACCCCUAGCUACGUGCCCCCCACCACGGGAGCCCACCAGGCUGCCCCAGCGCUGGCAGCCUGACCCUGCUGAGGCCCUGGGUGCCCCAGGCCUGCUGCAGUGCCGCGGGCUCUGGGCCCCCAGCUCAGGCCCACCUUCACCACUAA